UUUGUCUCUCUCUAACCAAAAAAACUGUUCCUCUCCGCCCACCCUGCCACGAAAUCUCCACAAUUUCUGUAAAUUCUCGCCGGAAAACACCCGAAUUCCGAUCAAAUUCUCCGGCACCGUUGAUCUCCAGCUUAAUACCAGAGUUAUGAAUCAAGAAUAUGAUUACCUUUUUAAGCUCUUGUUGAUUGGAGAUUCUGGUGUUGGGAAAUCAUGUCUUCUUCUGCGUUUUGCUGACAAUUCAUAUCUCGAAAGCUAUAUCAGUACCAUCGGAGUGGACUUUAAAAUCCGAACGGUGGAACAGGAUGGAAAAACCAUUAAACUCCAAAUCUGGGACACUGCUGGCCAAGAGCGUUUUAGGACAAUCACGAGCAGUUACUAUCGCGGGGCUCAUGGCAUAAUUGUGGUUUACGACGUGACUGACCAAGAGAGUUUUAACAACGUUAAGCAAUGGUUAAAUGAAAUUGACCGAUAUGCAAGUGAGAACGUAAACAAGCUUCUUGUCGGGAACAAGUCUGACCUCACAUCGCAAAAGGUUGUGCCCACGGAAACAGCUAAGGCUUUUGCUGAUGAAAUGGGAAUUCCUUUCAUGGAGACGAGCGCGAAAGAUUCAUCCAAUGUCGAGCAGGCUUUCAUGGCAAUGACGGCUACAAUCAAGGGCCGGAUGGCGAGCCAACCGACCUCGGGCAAUGCAAAGCCGCCAACCGUGCAGAUUCGAGGGCAACCCGUGAAGCAGAAGUCUGCAGGUUGCUGCUCAAACUGAAAGAGGGAAGGUGCAUUUGUGAAGUGAUAUGAUGAUGGUGAUGAUGUUCAUGUGUGAUGUAAAAAUUAACCCUUUCCAUCAUUUGUGCUGUGGUGUGAAGCACAGUUUAGUGGAUAUAUAUAUAUGUUGAUUUGCUUUCAUGUUGUUUUUCAUAUCAGCACUUUGGUAUAUAGCACACCCAUUCUUUCUCAUCA